CAUAAAUUAUUAUUUCAGUUAUCUGGCACAAGGCUGCAGUAUGCAGGUAGUAGCGUGGUCAUUUUUGAUAGGAAAAACAACUGUAUCUGUAAUCGUUCGUGAAACUUGUGCAGCCAUUUGGGAAAUUCUUUCUCCAAUUUAUUUAAAAACACCAACAAUUGAAGAUUGGCGAGACAAGAGUAAAAGAUUUAAUGAACAAUGGAACCUUCCCAAUUGUUGUGGUGCUAUAGAUGGGAAACAUGUAAUCAUUCAAGCUCUAAAUAAAUCUGGAAGUGCUUAUUUUAAUUAUAAAAAAACUUUUAGCAUCAUAUUGAUGGCUGUUUGUGACGCUGAUUACAUAUUUACACUUGUGGACAUUGGAGCUUUUGGCUCACAAAGUGAUGGGGGUGUGUUUAAAGAAUCAACCUUUGAACGAGCACUGGAAUCUGGAGAUGAAGCGUUUCCGUUAAAACCUUAUAUUCUGAGACCCUACCCUGGAAAAAAUUUAGACCAUAGCCCGAUGUAUCGAGCAUCUAUCGUCAAUGAGAGUAAUAACGGCAAGAACUUCGUCUAG